AUGAAAAACAUAAGGAUACCUUUAUUUACAUAUGGAACAACUAUUGAUCAUAAUAGUUUGAAAGAAAUAGAAGAAUCUCCAUAAAAAUGCACUUAAAUUUAAUUGGAUGAUUCCUCAUUUAAAAUUUACAUAUGCAGCUUUACUGAACUCUGUCUAAAUAUUAUAAAUAAUAAGAAUCUUAUUUUGCUAAUAGAUUAUCAAGAAUUGAUUGAAUUUGACGAUAUGUUAUAGAAUAUAUUUGAUUUAAUAUAAUUUUCACAGUAAAAUUUAUCACUAAUUUAGAGCUAAGAAAGUACUAUGCUAUUUAGUAGCACAAGAAACAAUCAAGAAAGGACAAUGGAAAAUGGAUAUCAUUAAGAAGUAUGUUGAAAUUAGCACUCAGAAAUUCAAUUAUCCCAAUUAUCACUAACCUAAUUACAAUAUUUAAUUUAUUCAAUCUUCGUAAUCUCUAUUUAAUUAAUUAAACUUUUUCUAAACAACACCAAAGGAAAUAGAUUUUACAAAAAAUAAUAAUGCUUUGCUCUAAAUUUUAUCUCGAAACAAAAAUGAAUUAGAAGUUGCACUAAUCUAAGGGAUGAUAAUCUUAUACGAUCUUUAUUAUUUUGAAAACUAAACUGCAAAUAAUAAACCAAUUUAAAUAACCGAAAUAGAAGGCAAAGUGAAUUACAUCAAUUCGAAUGAAGAUAAACAAGUCUUUAGAAUUAAAAUCAGUGAUGAUACAGAAUUGAAAGAUCAAAAAUUCAUCUCUAAUAAUUUGAUCUAAGUCAAAUAAUUGUCUCCUCAAAUAGUAUUCUAACCUCGAUUUUUGUCGAUUGAAAAAGAAUAAGAAUUUUAUAUGAAAUAUAGAGACACCUCAGGAAUAUCUGCUAUCAUAGAAGGAGUUUAAUGUAUUUAUUAUUCUUAUUGUUAGAUGACAUCAAGAAAUUAGAAUUUUGUUCUAACAGUUAUGCCAAUUCCUUAAAAUUAACUUUGUCUAAUUCAAAAUUCGUCUACGCUUAACAAUUUUAGACUAGCAAAAAGAAUUUCAAUAUCAAUAGUUAAAUUUUGUAAUCUAUUAAAAUUAACUUUAGGAUAAUGAAUAAAACUACUGAUGACAUAGUUGCUUUUGGAAAUGUAGUUUAGGAUAAUUUUGAAAUUUAAUUUACUGAAAAAAACAACUUGAAUCAAGAUUAGAGGGAGUUAGAAUUAUUUUAUCUUCCAAUAAAUGAUGAAGAUAUCAUUGCAAAUGUAGCAAGAGGUGAAUAAGUAUAAAAGGGAAGUCACAUAAAUAAAUGCAGAAUUUGUAUGGAAAAUACAUCUAAUACAUUGUUGAUUCCUUGUGGACAUUUACGUUAUUGUUUUGAUUGCUAAUCUGAAAUUUAAGAGUGCUUAUUCUGUGAUACAAAAAUUUAAUCAAGAAAGAAGUUAGUUGUGAAGUAAGUAGAUCAAAAUAACAACAACUUAUUAAAGGAAUUGACUUGGAGACACUAAGACUUACUAAAAUUAUCAUUGCAGUAAAAUAUAAAUAUUGAAUAAAAUGUAAAAAUUAACCGAUUCUAAUAUGACAUUGAUUUCAGUUAAUAUUAUUGCUAGAAAUGCAAUAAAUCUAAAGGGACUGAAUUUGUUCAUUGUUAAUAGAAUCAUUUACUUAAUUAUUGUUUAGAAUGUUCGGAACACAUAAAUGAAUGUGAAUUUAAGGGUUGUAAAUAAAAAUUAAUUUGUAAAGGACAUAUAAAAUACAAUUUCGAUGAGUGA